AUGUCUACGACGGUUGUCCUCGGCGCCCAAUGGGGCGACGAAGGCAAGGGAAAGCUCGCCGACAUCCUCGCCAACGAAUCGCAACUAUGCUGCCGCGCUCAGGGUGGUAACAAUGCGGGACACACUAUCGUCGCUAAUGGUGUCACAUACGACUUCCACAUCCUCCCCUCCGGUCUCGUCAACCCAAACUGCAUCAACAUCGUCGGUAGUGGUUGCGUCGUCCAUGUGCCCAGCUUCUUCAAAGAAUUGGAGGCAUUGGACAAGCACGGUCUAGACACCAAGGACAGGAUAUACAUCUCUGAUAGGGCACACGUCGUCUUUGAUGUUCACCAGCUGGUGGACGGCCUGGAAGAGGUUGAGCUCGGUGGAGGAAACAUUGGUACCACAAGGAAGGGCAUUGGCCCAGCGUACAGCUCCAAGAUGACCAGGAGUGGUCUCCGCAUGUGCGACCUUUUCGACGAGAAGGUCUUUGAGCAGAAGCUUCGCCGUGUCGCUGCUGGUUACCAGAAGCGUUUCGGUGAUCUGCUGAAGUACGAUGUCGAAGAGGAGAUCGCAAGGUACAAGGAACUCCGCGAGAAGGUUGCACCUUACGUUGUCGACCAGAUCCCACUUCUCCAAUCAGCGAAGGAGAGGAACGCUAAGAUCCUGGUUGAGGGAGCCAAUGCUCUCAUGCUCGACAUUGACUACGGCACAUAUCCCUUCGUCACAUCUUCGAACACAGGUCUUGGUGGUGUCAUCACAGGUCUCACUCUGGGAUGGCGUUCGAUCAAGGACGUCAUUGGUGUAGUGAAGGCAUAUACUACCCGUGUUGGAUCUGGUCCCUUCCCCACCGAGCAGCUAAACGAAGUUGGCGAGAAACUCCAAAAGGUCGGCCACGAAGUCGGUGUCACAACCGGUCGCAAGCGCCGUUGUGGAUGGCUCGAUCUCGUUGUCCUCAAGCACUCGCACGCUUGCAACGACUACACUUCUCUCAACCUUACCAAGCUUGACGUCCUUGACGACUUCGAUGAGCUCAAGAUCGCAACAUCAUACUCGCACAAGGGUCAGCAGCUUGAGGGUUUCCCAUCCAACCCUGACGUACUGGCUGAGGUAGAGGUUCACUACGAGACUCUCCCUGGAUGGAAGAAGCCCACCACUGGCGCAAAGAGCUACUACGACUUGCCCAGCCAAGCGAGAGCCUACAUCGAGUACAUUGAGAAGUUCGUCGGUGUCAAGGUUAAGUGGAUUGGUGUUGGACCUGCGCGUGAUCACAUGGUUGUUAGAUCGUGA